AUGUCACAACAUCAAGAUACCCUUGCUUCAAAAAUUACUAGGUCUACUCUAAACGUUAGUGCUUCUUCCAUGGGCAUCCCUGAUGAUGAGAUUCUGGAUAUUUCUCCUCUCUCUGUUAUUCCUGUCCAGGACAUUGACUUAAACCAACCCAUCUCCAUUGAUGCCUCCGCUUCUGCAUGUUCUAAUCAAGGUAAUCCCUCUAGUAUUCCUUCUGGUCCAACUCCUGCCACUAACUCUAAGGAAGGAACACACUAUACUGAUCGUGUUAUAAGAGACCUAGUCACUAGGAUUCUAAAUGAAGGCCACCCCGUGAAGGGAGUUUAUACUCCCUUUUCUCAAAUGUACCCCUCUCCUGAGGUUGAACAACAUAGUGGUAAGGAUGUCGAUUCUUCCAGUUCUGACAAAGACUUGGCUGCUGAAGGGUUGCGCUCUCUAGGGCAGACCAUGUCUGAAAAAGGGAAAUUCGUGGCUUCUCACACUACUAAUGCUUCCCACUCUGAGAAGCAUGAUGAUGCAUAUGUUGUGAUUGAUCUAGAGGAUGGUAGCUCUGAUGAUCAAGAGGAAAUCUUGAUUCAUCACAUGAAGCCAAGUGUGGCUAAACGCAUGCAGACUCGCAAAGGAAAAUCUGUGGCUGAACUUAUGUCAGCUAGAAAAGCCAAGAAGACUGCUGGUAUUGGUCCCUCCAAACCAUGGAACAAGGUUGAAGUAAAGAAGAGGAAGGCCAGAGAUGAUUCUGAGCCUGAAGAGGAUGUUGAGGAAGAUGUCCCUGACAUCUCGCCUGCAAAGAAAACUACUGUUAGGAAGUCUCCUGUUAAAGUCCCUGCUGUUCAUUUGGAUAACAUCUCCUUCCAUCUUGAGGAUGGAGCUGUUAAGUGGAAAUUUGUGAUUCAGAGAAGGGUAGCUGUGGAAAGGGAGUUGGGAAAAGAUGCUGCUGAUGUCAAGGAGGUCAUGGACCUGAUAAAAGUUGUUGGGCUGUUGAAAACUGUUGCUGGGUUCUCUCCAUGCUAUGAAGGUUUAGUUAAGGAAUUUAUUGUUAACAUUCCUGAGGAUAUUUCUGAUAAGAACGGUAAGGAGUUCUGUAAGGUGUAUGUGAGGGGCAGAAAAAUUGAGGGUGCAGGAGAAUUAGAAGUUACAGACAAUCAAGUAUGUAGGGAGAUUACAGCUAGGCAGGUGAAAGUUUGGCCGGUUAAAAAGCAUCUUCCUGCUGGGAAGUUGACUGUCAAGUAUGCUAUCCUGCAUAAAAUAGGAGCUACCAACUGGGUCCCUACCAACCAUAUCUCCAACAUUGCUAAUACUCUUGGGAGGUUUAUUUUUGCUGAUGGAACAAAAGUAAAAUUUGACUAUGGAAGUCAUGUCGAGGAUAUUGUCAUGACAUCUACCAUGAAAAGGCCAGCCUCAAAAGUUGGAACAAUUGUUGAGCUUAAGGAAACGUGCAAAGAGCUAGGUGAAGGGAUAAGGGUAGCCAUAACUAGAAAACAAUCAUUGGAAGCCUUGAUUGCAAGCUUGGAACAAGCUGAGGGUGAAAAUAUUGCUCAUGAGGAAGAAGCUGAAGCCCACACCUCUAGUGAGAGGUAUGCAAACAAUGAUGAUGCCAGUGACAAUGCUGGUUCUGGUGCUGAUGAAGAAGCUGCAAACUCAAGCUCUACUGAGUAG